AUGGGGCUGGAGAAAGACCUCUUGCAUCUUGAAGAUCGCGAUGCUCAGUUCGAUCCCGACUUCUUGAAGAAUUUUGCCCGUAUCGACGCAGAAUACAACACACCUGUCAUCGUUCGAGAAAAGACCCAGGGCAGACUAUAUGAGAAGCUCCAGAAUGAAUUAAAGGAAUAUGGUAAGCAGAUCAUUGCUGCAGUCGGCGUAGAUUGA